AUGAGUGGCACAGCUAAUAGUAGGAGGAAGGAGGUUUUGCGCGUGCCUGUGAUAGAUUUGAAUAGAGUUUCAGAUGAAGAGCAGCUGUUGCCGGUGGUGAGGGCAAUUUUGCUACAGCAUGACACCUUUCUGUUAAAAAAUUAUGCUAACAAGGCUGUUCUAGAUGCACUACUAGCGGGGCUCACGACAAAGGACCUGCCUGACACGAGUCAAGGUUUUGAUGCGAACUUUACGGGUACAUUACCGCUAGAAGAUGAUGUUUGGCUGGAGCAGUACAUAUUUGACACUGAUCCUCAAUUACGCUUCGAUCGGAAGUGCAGGAAUGAGUCACUGUGCUCCAUAUAUAGUAGGCUGUUCAAACUGGGUCUGUUUUUCGCCCAACUGUGUGUGAAAAGUGUGGUUUCUAGCGCAGAAUUGCAAGACUGUAUCAGCACCUCUCAUUAUGCGACUAAGCUGACCCGUUAUUUCAAUGAUAAUGGUAGUACACACGAUGGUGCAGAUGCAGGUGCUACCGUGCUGCCCACUGGCGACGAUUUCCAGUACCUGUUUGAAAGGGACUAUGUUACUUUUCUUCCGACGGGCGUGUUGACCAUCUUCCCCUGUGCCAAGGCUAUAAGGUACAAGCCAUCGACUAUGGCGACGACGGACAAUUCUUGGGUGAGUAUUGAUGAACCCGAUUGUCUUCUGUUCCACACGGGGACCCUCCUUGCGCGCUGGUCUCAAGGUAUGCACACUACCUCACCACUCCAGAUAGAUCCUCGUGCGAACAUUGUUUCGUUGACCAUCUGGCCUCCACUUACUACGCCAAUCUCGAGUAAAGGAGAGGGUACGAUUGCCAAUCAUUUGUUGGAGCAACAAAUUAAGGCUUUCCCAAAAGUCGCUCAGCAAUACUACCCACGGGAGCUUAGUAUUCUAAGACUCCAAGACGCAAUGAAGUUUGUUAAGGAGUUGUUUACUGUUUGCGAGACUGUAUUGUCUUUAAACGCUCUUUCCAGAUCCACGGGCGUCCCACCAGAGCUGCACGUUUUGUUACCCCAGAUAUCCAGCAUGAUGAAAAGGAAAAUAGUGCAGGAUGAUAUUUUGAAGUUAUUGACCAUUUGGUCUGAUGCAUACGUAGUGGAACUGAACUCUAGAGGGGAGCUGACCAUGAAUCUACCCAAAAGAGACAAUCUAACAACGUUGACCAAUAAGUCUAGGACUUUGGCAUUCGUGGAAAGGGCAGAGUCGUGGUACCAACAAGUGAUAGCUUCCAAGGAUGAGAUUAUGACUGAUGUACCCGCUUUCAAAAUAAAUAAAAGAAGGUCCAGCUCUAAUUCUAAAACAGUCUUGAGCAGUAAAGUGCAAACGAAGAGCUCUAAUGCUAAUGCCUUGAAUAACUCAAGAUAUUUGGCGAAUAGUAAGGAAAAUUUCAUGUACAAAGAGAAGAUGCCUGAUUCGCAAGCAAACCUUAUGGACAGACUGCGUGAAAGAGAGAGACGUUCGGCCGCAUUGCUUUCUCAAAGGCAAAAACGUUACCAGCAGUUUCUAGCGAUGAAAAUGACUCAGGUAUUUGAUAUUCUUUUUUCGCUGACCAGGGGCCAGCCUUAUACAGAGACAUAUCUAAGCUCGCUAAUCGUAGAUAGUUUACAAGAUAGUAAUAAUCCUAUCGGUACAAAAGAAGCAAGUGAAAUUUUAGCUGGGCUACAAGGUAUCCUACCAAUGGACAUAUCUGUUCAUCAAGUGGAUGGUGGGUUAAAAGUUUAUAGAUGGAACAGUUUGGAUAAAAACAGAUUUUCUAAGCUGUUGCAAAUCCACAAAUCAAAACAACAAGAUUGA